AUGAAGUUACUAAAAUUAUCGUUGAUAUUAACUUUAUUACAAUUGUGUCAAACAUUGGAACAUCAUGGUGUACGUAAAAAAAGGAAUCAUGAAAUGUCACAAGUAGUGAAUAAUAAAAAUAUAUCGCCAGUUCUCAAAAUAGGAAGAGUAAAAGAAAAACCGAGAAUCCUUCUAACACAUAAUAUACCUAUACAUGUAUUACCACAGAACAUAUACAAUUUAAAACAGAAGUCACAAAUCCCCCAGCAAUCUAUAAAUAAUCGCUUUGAUAAGGAUGUAAUAAAGCACACGUUUAUUCCAUUGAACUCAGUCCGAUCAAAUGUCAAAAUGCCUUUAAAUUUAUUACAGCCUAAAAUGGAAACAAAUGUAGAAAAAAAGGACAAAGUUGAACAACAUGUAGACCAUACUUGUAAACACAAAAAACAGGAUUACUUUGAAGAUGAUGAUAGUGAUGAAAAUGAUGUUAAGUUAUCGUCACUAAGUCUGAAUGUAACAAAUAAUAAUGAAACAAUAAGAUAUGCUCACAACGACACCUGUGAAAGCAAUUGUCAAUACCUGAUGAAAAAUAUUAAAGUCUCCAAAAUACCAACAGAAAAAACAAAUUCGGCAGAAGUCAAAACGACAACAGACAAUAAAUUGCCAGAUAGUAUAGUUAAUAUAAAAAACUUAAAACAUGAAGAAAAUAAGACAAUUAUAAACGUUAAGGCUAAUGAAACAAUGGUUAUACAAAAUCUUUUAGAUCCUGGUAAUCAAACUAUGAAUUCAAAGAAUAUUACAGAAAAAGGAAAAGGCAGCAGUAGAUGUAAACAUGCUAUUGAGACACCAUCAGCAGUAGGUGGUACAGAAAAAACAAAUAAGGCAAAUAAUGUUAAAUUUGUUGUUAAUAUAGACUCUGAUGUGGUAAAGUCAUUUGAAUGCGAUCCCAGUGAUAGAAUAAUAAUUAACAAUCAUAAUUAUGAAGAAAUUAUUGAAAAAGAGCCAACUGCGCCAACGCAAAUUGACUGUCCAGAUGUGAAUUAUUCUUAUAUACCUGAGUAUACUUACGGCCAACAAUAUUUAGACAGAAAUGGAUACCAGACGCAAACAUCUAAUUCACUUAUGCCUGACACCACCUUUAUCAAGCAACCUUAUGAGUAUCCUUUUGCAAAUGAAAUAAACUUCGAUGAUUUUUAUAAAUAUAAACAGGACGGUACCUUUUCUGGAAAUUAUAAAAGGACAGUACUUCCAAAUAAUAGAAUUUGGCGGAAAUGGAAAAAUAUAAAUAUUUAUAUCAAACCUAAAGUAUCUGAUAAACCUGUAAAUGUAGUGGAUCCGAAAUUUUACAAAAUAUCUUCUAUAAAUCAAAAUUAUAAUAAUAAAGCUUAUCAAAAGAUGAAUGAUAACAAUCGUUACGGAUUGAGACCACAGAAUAAUAAUAUGCAGAUGUCAACGUAUCCGUGUUACUUCUAUCGAUAUAAAUAA